AUGGCUGACUCUCGCCAACAACAGCAACAGCUGAGACCUGGUGGUCAAGGCACAGCGGGCAUAUUCCUCCCUGGAAUGGAUGCUUCAACUUCCCAGGUUUUAGCUGUUGUGACCUUGUUGCCUGUUGGUGGCACCCUUCUCUUCCUUGCAGGUCUCACUCUUGUAGGGACACUUAUUGGGCUAGCUGUGGAAACGCCACUUUUUUUUAUUUUUAGCCCAGUUUUGGUUCCUGCAGCUCUUUUCAUAGGGCCGGGCGUGCUUGGAUUCUUAAAGUCUGGUGCUUUCGGGGUCACCGCAUUCUCAUCGCUCUCAUGGAUGGCCAGCUAUAUUCGAAGCUUGAUCAGAGGUCCCUUGCAUCAGAAAUUGGAUCAAGCGAAACGGAGGACACGGGAAACAGCAGGACAAGUGGGCCAGAAAGCUAGGGAGACGGGCCAGAUUGUUCAGAGAAAGGCCCGAGAGGUGACAAAGGGUGGUCAAGAGGGUGCGAAGACAUAA